AUGGUAUCAACAGCAGAAAUAUUUAAUGAGCGACAUGAGAACAGUAACGUGCAUCGAAAAUAUGUUCUAGAACUUGUAGUUAAAUUUCGGGAAACUGGGUCAGUCGCCAAUAAAAAACGCAACAUUGAAAAUCCCAUAAGGAACGAAGCAAUAGAAGUGGGGGAUUUAGGGCAAGUUUAUGUAGAUCCUACGUUAAGUACCCGCAAAUUGGAGACUGUGUGUGGUGUAAGUCGACGUACUGUCCAACGGAUUCUAAAGAUCCAUAUAAAUCGUCAUAACUGCCGAUAUUGGUCCAAUUCUAAUCCCAGAAUUUAUCAUGAUAUUAAUACACAGCAGCCACAAAAAUUAAAUAAUGCCUUGCUGACGCCACAUCAGUCGACAAUUUCCCGUUGGUAUAGAGAAUUCAAACGUGGACGGGUGAGUCUUAGCGACGAUCCCAGGGUGGAAUUAGGAGUAAGAAAAUUAGUUUCUCGUUGGAUACCCCACCUGUUGACUGAAGAGCAGAAAGCAGCCAGGGUUAAUUGGUGUCAAAAAACGCUUGACCGUUUCAAUUCCGCAAUCUCAAAAAAUGUGUACAGCAUUGUUAGUGGUGAUGAAUCGUGGAUUUCCUGUUAUGAACCAGAGAAUAAACGACAGUCGGCUAUUUGGGUGUUCCAAGGUGAAGAAAAGCCAACAAAAGUCAUCCGUUCUCGAAGUGUUUCGAAAAAGAUGGUCGCGACAUUUGUGUCAAAAUCGGGAAGAAUUGUUACUGCGGAUUGGUAUACCACGAUUUGUUUGCCAAAAGUCAUCACCGAGCUUCGAAAAAUCAACCCCGAAAGAAGAAUCAUCCUCCACCAAGACGAUGGAAGCUCGCACACAGCCCAAAAAACAAGGCAGUAUUUAACGGAAGAAAACGUGGAAUUAUUGGACCAUCCUCCAUACAAAGAAGCAGUUGACGCAUUGAAAUAUGCCGUUUUGGAUCUGCCAGCAAACGAGUGGAAUAAGUGCUUCGAAAAUUGGUUUGAGCGCAUGCAGAUGUGUAUUAAUCUUCGUGGAGAAUACUUCUAA